AACGUAUUAAGAACACACGGCACAGAUGUAACAUAUCCUUUAUUAUAAGUGAUAUCGCUCGUUCAUCGCGAGAUCUAUCACAUUUUUUUGCCGUUCUUCAUUGAUAGACCAGUUUCGAUCUCUUCAACCGCUUUCGAUGCGAUGCCAAAUAAAGAUCGAGGACUGGUAAUCUUGAAAAAGGCACUCGAUGGGAAAUAUUUACGGCAGUACUGAUUCGUGAUUCGAUCCGCGUAUACAGCAGAAGGAACAGAAAGAGAGUUGGAAACAAUAGGUAUUUUACAACGUCGAGAGGGAGUGACAGUAAAAUUAUUGAUCUAUCGAUACAUGAACAUGAGACAAUUCGGUAAAUAUUUCUUCAGCCUUUGGGAGAAUAGUGUGAUACAAUUAAAUAAGAAAAUAUUUUUAUCUUUUUUCACGUAUAAUUAUAAUACUUUGAUCAGAUAAUAGUAAUAAAUUUCGAUCAAAUUUUAUUUCAAUUUCAUUUUAAUUUUAAUUAUUUAUUAUAAUAUAUUUUAAUUUUAUUUCACGCAAAAUCGUUUAUUCAGACAUACGCGAUAUAUAAUAUUAUUUUACAUUUAUUUUAAUUUAUCUCAAUUUUUUUUGUAUCUCAAAAUGAGAAAAAUAAACUUGUAAAUAAUCAGCCCUUUGUUUAAUUAGCGAUCGGCAUUAUCAUCCUGGAAGUUUCGCUGAGAAUCUGCGGAUUGUAUACGAUUGUCGAAUGUCCGGUGGAAUUUCGGAGAGACAUCACGGAAUACGGCAACCCGAAGCCGCUGCAAGUAAGCUGCACGAUGCAGCUCUUAUGUCCACCGUUAACGGAAGACUCGACGAAUUACGAGAACCGCGUACGGGGUUAUCAGGUACACGAGUACAAUCCCGACGACGCGACGAUGUGCGAGGUGAAGCUCAAGAUCAACAUCGUGAAAAAUCUGAGCAUGAUCGAGACGGAAGAGAAAAAUCCAUGCACCGAUCUCGCUCAUCACGAACAUCAAGUGUUGCUAUCCCAUUCGACUAACUGCAGUUUAUUCUACAAAUGCGACUGGGGCGUGCCGAUGCUGUUCGAGUGCCCGGAGGAAUUGCACUUCAAUCCCGUUUUCCAGGUAUGCGACUGGCCCUGGCAGGCCGGCUGCGACUCGUCCUGGGUCGGUUGCCCGCGGCCGUUUCCACGAUGCCCGGCUCAUUAUCCGGGCUUAAUACUGCCGCAUCCCUUUCUGUGCGAUCGUUUCUAUCAGUGCGAUUGGGGAACGCCGCGAUUACAGGCGUGCCCCGCCGGACUUUACUUCAAUUCACGUCUCAAGGUGUGCGACUGGUCUUACAACUCCAAUUGUCAAGAUUGCUAAGAUCGUCGAAAGAGGAAAUAUGGUAUCGCCAAUUGACAACCGAAUUUAAAAGAAAAAGGUUUUUCAAAGAUAUAUGUAAAUGCAUUUGUCGAGAAACGCAAAUGUCACGGAAAGAUGCAUCGUUUUUUUUUCUUUUAUACAAUAACAACGAUAUAUUAAUAAUAUGUUUCGUCAAAUGUAUCUAAUAAUGAUAAUAUUUUAUUGUAAUGAAC